CUGUGGAAACAAGCCAUGGAAACACUGGUACAGCUGAGACGGGCAGAGAACCCUCAGCGUCACGACUACCCAAAAGACUUGUCAGCAUGGUGUAUCACGUUCCUGAAGUACGUGCAAGUCCUGCGGAGCCUAGAAGAAGCGCACGCCCAUAUGGUGCAGCCCCAGAAGCGCAAGGAUAUCAGGCGUGCUCUGGAGUGCUGCAUGGGCCGCUUACUGGAGAUCAGGAACUGGAUGGUGGUCUUGGACAAAGGACUGCUCUUCAUGAGCAUGGAGCCAGCCAUCAACUCGCUGGGCUUGACUCCCGACCUGACAGAGAUUCCCAUCCCCACCUGCUUCCUUGAGGACAGGACCCAGGAGCUUGAGGAGCGAGCAGCCAAGCCAAAAGUGCUGGCAGAGGCAUUUGAGGCACCUUUGCAAGCCACUGCGCCUGCUGAAGAUGCAGAUCAUGAGAGCCGGGAAGCUGAUCAGGUGACAGAAUACCUGCAGUCCAUGCAGAUGCCCAGAAUGUCGGCGUAUCUGCCGCGAAAGUCAGCAUACAGGCCAAGGAGCACCAUUCUCAAGCCCAUCAAGGAGCAGCAAGGCUAUGCUGGGGGGAUGACUUCAGAGGAGGCGGCCACAAAGAUCCAGUCAGCGCUCCGGGGCUUCACAUCGCGGAAAACCGUGGAGCGCAGCGAGGCAAGGGAGCAGAUCUUCCUUGGCAUGCAGCCGCGGGCAUCGUUGGGAGACAAGGAGCCGUUAUGUAUGGAUGCAGCGGCGGCGGAUGCAAGGAAGACCACCCAGGGGCAGAUGCAGCACCUGUACCAGGACUCGCUGGUCUCACAGCGCUCGGAGCUCAUGCUUGUGGAAGGCAUGGACAUCAGAGAGGCCCUGCAGGAGAAGAUCAAUGAUUGGGUUGUGAAGAAUCAAGCGGGCGAGGACGGCCAGCUGCCAAAGUUCCCCAGCGAGGCAGAAGGCGGAUCAAAGAUAUUUCUAGAGCCGCAAGCCCCUGUGGAGGAGCCACCUGCGGCUGAGAAGGGCAAGGGGAAGCAGCCAGGAAGGCCAGCCUCGGCCGCACCAAAGGGCAAAGACCCGCGCAAGAAAGGUGCACCUGCCGGUGCUCCACUGCCCGAGCUGCCAGAAGAGAUUGGGCAUGCAUGCGCGGACGACCUCUCCACCGCCAUCCAGGAGUGGCAAGACCGCUGGGCAGACCGCGACGACCCAGGUGGCUUCCACAUAAAUCUCUGCGCUUUGGAGUUGCUAAAAGCAGAAGUGAGGCCGUCUGUGGCGGAGGAAAUCCGCCUCCAGACCGACGAGGAAAUGCGCUUGCUGCUGGCAAAUCUAAAAAUAAGCAUUUCAUGCCACCAGGUGUUCAUAAUGGACAAGAGGAAAGCCGAGGGGCAGGGCGGAGUUGAGCUCUUCAACAGGAUCAAGAGGGACUUGUUGGUGGAGGUUGCGGCCCUGGCACCCACAGACAGAGUCCUGGUGAUCGGCACUUCCAGCGAGCCCUUCAACUGCAAGCGCAAGGACGAA